AUGGGCCAAAGGGCACAGGGCGUGUGUCGCUGCAGGGCCAAAGGGCACAGGGCGUGUGUCGCUGCAGGGCCAAAGGGCACAGGGGGUGUGUCGCUGCAGGGCCAAAGGGCACAGGGCGUGUGUCGCUGCAGGGCCAAAGGGCACAGGGGUGUGUCGCUCGCUGCAGGGCCAAAGGGCACAGGGCGUGUGUCGCUGCAGGGCCAAAGGGCACAGGGCGUGUGUCGCUGCAGGGCCAAAGGGCACAGGGCGUGUGUCGCUGCAGGGCCAAAGGGCACAGGGCGUGUGUCGCUGCAGGGCCAAAGGGCACAGGGCGUGUGUCGCUGCAGGGCCAAAGGGCACAGGGGUGUGUGUCGCUGCAGGGCCAAAGGGCACAGGGGUGUGUCGCUGCAGGGCCAAAGGGCACAGGGGGUGUGUCGCUGCAGGGCCAAAGGGCACAGGGGGUGUGUCGCUGCAGGGCCAAAGGGCACAGGGGGUGUGUCGCUGCAGGGCCAAAGGGCACAGGGGGUGUGUCGCUGCAGGGCCAAAGGGCACAGGGGGUGUGUCGCUGCAGGGCCAAAGGGCACAGGGGGUGUGUCGCUGCAGGGCCAAAGGGCACAGGGCGUGUGUCGCUGCAGGGCCAAGGCAAAGGGCACAGGGCAGGGUGUGUCGCUGCAGGGCCAAAGGGCCACAGGGGGUGUGUCGCUGCAGGGCCAAAGGGCACAGGGCUGA